AUGGAAGAGCCGUUCCUUGAGAAACGCGCGGCUUGGGAGUUGGGAUAUAGCACGGACCGUGCAUUGCCCUCCUUACCAUUUCCGGUCAUGACAUCCGUCUCCAGGAGCACGUACAGGAAUUUGAGUUCGCUUAACACGGCUCCUUUCCAGGGUUACAGCGAUGAUUUCGCACCGCCAGUACCUGACAAGUCGGACGUAUCUGACAUGGUACGCGAUCAAGUGCUCAAGUCGCGUGCAUCAAUGCGCCACAUUAGCACACCGACCAUGAGCUUUUCACUUGACAGCAACCUUUCUUCUUUGGGUGCUUGCGGCAUUCGAGAAAGCAACUUGGCACGUCCCUGCAUCACACAUGGGGCCUCGGGCUGGGGAAUUUUCCCCUCGCAUGUAACCGAAGAGGAAGAGGAUGUGUCUUUUCAUGGAUCGCAACAGCCUAUGAAUGUUGUAUAG